AUGGGCGGCGGCGACGGGGCCGCAUUUAAGCGGCCGGGGGACGGCGCCCGCCUCCAGCGCGUCCUCGGGCUCGGCUCCCGCCGGGCGCCCCGCUCUCUGCCCGCCGGGGGCCCAGCGCCGCGCCGCACCGCGCCGCCCCCGCCGGGCCAUGCGAGCGCGGGCCCCGCCGCGAUGAGCUCGCACAUCGCUAAAAGCGAGUCCAAGACGUCGCUGCUGAAGGCGGCGGCGGCGAGCGGGGGCAGCCGGGCUGCCCGCCACGGCCCUGUCCGGGAGCCAGUGCUGUCCAGCCGCCGGCUGCCCGGCCCCUGCCCCGGCACGCCGCCGCCGUCCGGGGACCCCAGUUCGCGGAGGCCCCUGUGCCGGCCGGCGCCGCGAGAGGAGGGCGCGCGGGGGAGCCGGCGCGGGCUCCCCCAGGCGCACUGCAGGCCCCGGGAGGCGCCGCCGGCCGCGGCGUCCCGACCUUCGCCGCCGUCGCCGCUGCCGCCGGCCCGCGGGCGGGAUGGGGAGGAACGGGGGCUGUCCCCGGCGCUCGGCCUCCGGGGCUCUCUGCGAGCCCCGGGUCGCGGGGACUCAGCUCCAGCCGCCGCGUCCGAGGCAGACCCGUUCCUCCACCAGCUGCGCCCCAUGCUCAGCUCCGCCUUCGGCCAGAUGCGCCAGGAGGAGACCAGCUAUACGGUGGUGCAGACGAGUGAGGAGGGGCUGGCGGCCAGCGGCGAGCUCCCCGGACCGCUCCUGAUGCUGGCCCAGAACUGCGCCGUCAUGCACAACCUGCUGGGCCCAGCCUGCAUUUUCCUGCGUAAGGGCUUCGCGGAGAACAGGCAGCCUGACAGAUCACUGCGGCCAGAGGAGAUUGAAGAGCUCCGGGAGGCCUUCAGAGAGUUUGACAAAGACAAGGACGGCUACAUCAACUGCCGGGACCUGGGCAACUGCAUGCGCACCAUGGGCUACAUGCCUACCGAGAUGGAGCUUAUUGAGCUGUCUCAGCAGAUCAACAUGAACUUGGGUGGCCAUGUGGAUUUUGAUGACUUUGUGGAGCUAAUGGGACCUAAACUCCUGGCGGAGACGGCAGAUAUGAUUGGAGUAAAGGAACUGCGAGAUGCCUUCCGAGAGUUUGACACCAAUGGUGAUGGGGAGAUAAGUACCAGUGAGUUACGAGAGGCCAUGAGGAAACUCCUGGGUCAUCAGGUGGGACACCGAGACAUAGAGGAAAUUAUCCGAGAUGUGGACCUCAAUGGGGAUGGACGAGUGGACUUUGAAGAGUUUGUCCGGAUGAUGUCCCGCUGAGGCCGCCAGGGCCCCUCCAGGACUGCCAAGCUCCACGGGCGGGGAGAAGAGGAGCCGGAGCUCGCCUCAUCCCGCCGCCGCCGCCGCCGCCGCCCAGAGCCCGGGACGUACUGGCGGAUGGGGCCUGCCUGCACCCCGGGGAGGUGCCCACCCCGGACCCCCGC